AACGGCUUUAACUGCACCGUGAGGCGGAUGAGUUUUCACUCUGGAGGACGGACUUGGACGCGUGCUCAGGAAUCCACUAGAUGUUAAGUGUUGAAAUACACACUCGAAUUCAGUGAAGACAUGGGAAAAAUGAAGGACAAAGAUGUUGAUGCAGAGAACCAUGGAAAAGGGCAGCGUUCACCGAAAUUAUGUGGGACUAACUACCCAGUUAGCAUUGCCUUCAUUGUGGUCAACGAGUUCUGUGAAAGAUUCUCUUACUAUGGAAUGAAAGCGGUGCUCACGCUUUAUUUCAUCAACUACCUCAACUGGGACAAGGACCUGUCUACAGCUGUGUACCAUGCUUUCUCAAGCCUGUGCUACUUCACUCCACUUCUGGGGGCCUUGAUAGCAGACUCAUGGUUGGGGAAGUUCAGAACCAUCAUCUAUCUGUCUAUAGUCUAUGUGAUUGGUCAUGUGGUCAAGUCCGUAGGUGCCAUUCCUGAUGUAGGGGACAAAACUCUUCAUGUAGUUUUGUCAAUGGUUGGUCUGGUCCUUAUAGCUUUUGGGACAGGAGGAAUCAAACCAUGUGUUGCAGCUUUUGGUGGUGACCAGUUUGAUGAGGAGCAUACAGAUGAGAGGAGAAAAUUCUUCUCUAUCUUUUACAUGUCAAUCAAUGCUGGAAGUGUCUUGUCCACCAUUGUCACACCAAUACUAAGAGGUGAUGUGCAGUGCUUUGGAGGAGACUGCUACGCCUUGGCCUUUGGAGUUCCUGCGGCUUUAAUGGUCAUUGCCUUAGUGGUGUUUAUCACUGGAAGUGGGCUAUAUAAGAAAAGUCCUCCAGAGGGAAAUGUCUUGGCACGUGUCUGCAAGUGUAUUGGGUUUGCCCUAAGCAAUCGAUGGAGGAAUUCCAAGAACAGCCCAAAACGGAGUCACUGGCUGGAUUGGGCAGAGGAGAAGUACCCAAAGCGGCUCAUUCAGGAAAUUAAAAUGGUGUUCAGGGUGCUGGUUCUCUAUAUUCCAUUGCCCAUGUUCUGGGCUCUCUUUGACCAGCAGGGUUCACGCUGGACUCUCCAAGCCACUCGAAUGAACAUGAAUUUUGGCGGAGGCUUCAUACUAAAGCCUGAUCAAAUGCAGAUGCUGAAUGCUUUGCUGAUUCUGGUGUUUAUUCCAAUCUUUGACAUGGGCAUUUACCCGCUGGUAGGGCUGUGUCGGAUCAAACUCACUCCCCUAAAGAAGAUGGCAACAGGCAUGAUCCUUGCUGCACUUGCCUUCUGUGCUGCAACUGUUGUUGAAGUUUACGUCAUUAAAACUGUUGUGGAGCCCCCUCCUGCCAAAGAAAGCCUCAUUCAGGUUUUCAAUCUUAUGGAUUCAGAUGUCAGAGUGCAAUUUCCAGAACACAAUGUCUUCUCAGAGCCAUUUACACCAUAUGAGGAUCCUUCGGGAUACACAAGUCUUCCACUUACUGGCCAAUCCCAGCUGCAGACAGUGACUGUCAGUCACAAUGGGGCAGAAUACCAGUGUGGACUCACAUUCACAGAACGGACUGCCUACAGUCUUAUCCUGCGCAAUCCUGCAGAGUCUGGUGGCACUGUUUGCAAUCUGGUGGAAGAUCACAUCACCAAAUCUGAAACCGGGGCUGCAUAUCUAAGGUUUAUCAAUACCCACACUGAGAAUAUCAGCAUAACUGUUGGCAAGGAAGAAUUUUAUGCACCUGCUAAUUAUGGGAUUUCUUACAAUAUAAGUGUACCAAGGGGAGAAUACAAUAGAGUUGUUUGUGUAACAGACUCCAGUCAAUAUGAAAUCAAUCUGGGACUUCUUGAUUUUGGUGCCUUCUACACUGUCAUACUCACACAGGAAAGCAACGAUCUAACAAUCAGAAAGAUGGAGGAUAUCCAAGCCAACAACAUUCACAUCGCCUGGCAGAUUCCACAAUAUGUCUUCCUCACUGCUGGGGAAGUUAUGUUCUCUAUCACUGGUUUGGAGUUCUCCUACUCACAGGCACCGGCAAGCAUGAAGUCUGUUCUCCAGGCUGGAUGGCUUAUGACUGUGGCAUUUGGAAAUGUCAUUGUACUGAUUGUGGCAGAGGGGGCCGGGAUGGAACAGUGGGUAGAGUUCAUCCUUUUUGCUGCCCUUUUGGUGGCCGUCAGCAUCAUCUUCUCCAUCAUGGCCUACUUUUACACCUAUGUGGAUGCAGAUCAGCUGGACAAGAUUUACGGAGAGGACACAAAAGACGAGAAAGUGAAAAGUUCAGAUAGUAAGAACAACGAGACCGUUGCCAUGGCUGACAUGCCGAAGCAAACCAAGAUGUAGCAAAAUGAUGAAGCAAAACGUUUCAUUAUGAAGUAUUUAGAUCCAUUAACUGCGAUUAAGCUAAUUAAGCUUUCAAUCUUUCACAUCGGACUCUGUUAUUUUGUUCCAAGGCCUUUUUGUGGCGUUAUGCUGAACUCUACUGAUCAAGGAUCAUAUUCCAGCUGAUAUAAGAGAAAUUUACAGUGUUGAAGAAAUGAUUAUUACUAUUAUUAUUAUUUUACAUUACAUGGUACCUUACAAAAAGUAAUUUUGAGCAGUUAUAAAAUGUAAUCCUUAAGAAUGUGAUGGACUUUACAUAUACAACCAUUUAAAGAUUUGGGGUCGGUAAUAUAUUUAAUGUUUUUGAAAGAAGUCUCUUAAGCUCACCAAGGCUGCAUUAAUUUGAUUAAAAAUACAUGAAAAACAGUGGAAUUGGGAAAUAUUAUUACCAUUAAAAUUAACUAUUUAAAUGUAUUUUAAAAUGUAAUUUAUUUCUGUGAUGGCAAAGCUACAUUUUAAGCAGCUAUUACUCCAGUCUUCAGUGUCACAUGAUCCAUUUAUUAUUAACAAUGUUGAAAACAGCAGCUCAAUAUUUGUGUGGAAAAGGUGAAAUUUUUUUUUUUUACAGAUCAGAUUUCAGCAUUUGAUCCAACUAUUAUUUUACCCUUAAGUUGGCCAAAAAAAAAACACACAAGAAGAAAUUUGGCUUUAAAGUAUUUGAUGGUCAAAAUAAAGGAGGCGAUGUGUUAUGAAAAAAAUUAUAGACAUUCUUAUCUGACAGGAUUAACUGGAAAACUGUCAUUUGCCUUGUACUUUUUACAGAAGUUGUGUGAGAAAAACACGUUUGAUUCACAUUGGAUUAAAUUCACAGAGUUUAUAUUUUUGAAACAUAAAUUUCCCAAACCUCAUAAGGGAACAAUUAGUCUUGUCUGAAUAGGGCCUUUGCUGUCAUGACUGUUCAGGUAAAUAGUAUUUUUGAUUAACUCCUGGUCAACAUUACUGUCAUGUCAGUUACAUAUGCUUAAAUAUGUGUAAUGCAUGGAAAAUCUAAUCCCACUUUAAAUUUCAAGUAAUAAUUUUGUGUCUGGAUGACAAACGAGUAUUAAACAUUGUUGAUUGAA